GGAGGUGGGAGUGCGUAAAGAGUGCGCCUUGUUUGGAGUCAUAUUACGCACAGGCAUGGAGAGCAGCGCCGGGGAGGGACUUCCAACAUGUGGAAAACGAAUAACUGUUGCGCUUCUCUCUCUGCUCGGCAGCUUUUCUGGGACAGCACAAAUCUGCGCUUGCGGGGAGACACCUGCACGCUCCCAGGUUUAUUAUCUCCCAGAGUUAACGGGUCAGCCGCGAGUAUUAAAGUUGUAGCCUGCGGUUAUUUCUCGCUGGAGUUUUAAUAAUGUUAGGCAGCGGUAAGUCAGCGGAAAGCAGUCCAAAAGAGCAGAAGAGGAAAGGAGCCGAGAAGACGAUGGACCCCAUCAGGAGGCUCGGUCUGCUGGACAAUGAGGACGUUCGUGUGAUGAUGCAGGGCUGCAGCAUGGUGAAGGUUCGCUCUUCGAGGUGGCAGAAGAGCCGAAAUAUGCGGCUGCUGGACGACGGACUCACCGUGUGGUGUGAAUCCACCAAGAGCUCCCGCAAAGCCAAAGCCCAGCAGACAUUCGCAGUGACAGAAGUGGAGUGCGUGCGUGAAGGCUGCCAGUCCGAGGCGCUGCGGCGGCUGUCCGGGUCGAUGCCGGAGAGCCAGUGCUUCACAGUGGUCUUCAGAGGAGCCAGGAAAAGCCUGGACCUGCUGUGCCCCUGUGAGGAUGAAGCUCAGCGCUGGGUGCGAGGGCUCCGCACUUUGAAGGAGCACGUGGCCAACAUGAGUCAGAAGCAAAAACUCGACCACUGGAUCCGAGGCUACCUGCGGCGAGCGGAUCAGAACCAAGACGGCAAGAUGAGCUACGAUGAAGUCAAGCGGCUGCUCCAGAUGAUCAACAUUGACCUGAGUGAGCAGUAUGCGCGCUCUUUAUUCAAGAGGAGUGACCGAUCCGGUGAUGGUCGUCUGGAUCAUAUAGAGAUUGAGGAGUUCUGCAGGGAGCUGAUGCGACGGCCCGAGCUGGACGCCGUUUUCAGACACUAUUCAAGUAACGGCUGUGUGCUCGCCACCGCUGAGCUGCGCGACUUCCUGGGAGACCAAGGAGAAGACGCCUCGUUGAAUCACGCUCAGAGCCUCAUACUCACCUACGAGCUCAAUGACUGGGCUCAGAAGAACCGCUUCAUGACGCAGAACGGUUUCACCAUGUACAUGCUGUCCCGGGAGAAUGACGUGGUUAACCCUGACCACGCCAGAAUCUACCAGGACAUGAGCCGUCCUUUGACCCACUACUUCAUCUCCUCGUCGCACAACACUUACCUUACCAAGGACCAAGUCACCGGCGCCAGCAGCACUGAGCCAUACAUCAGGGCUCUGAAUCAGGGUUGUCGCUGUGUUGAGCUGGACUGCUGGGAUGGAGAUAAAGGUGAACCUGUCAUCUACCAUGGCCACACUUUGACCUCCAAAGUGCCUUUCAAGGAAGUAAUUGAAACCAUCGCCCAGUACGCCUUCAAGGCGUCUCCAUAUCCUCUAAUCCUGUCCUUGGAGACCCACUGUUCUGUUGAGCAGCAGGCUGUCAUGGCCAAACACCUCCGCACCAUCCUGGGCAGCAAACUGCUCACCAAGCCCCUCAGUGCCCAGCCACCGAAGGAUCUGCCAUCUCCUGAGGAGCUUAAGGGGCGUAUUCUGGUAAAAGGGAAGAGGCUGGUUCCUCACUUGGGCCAGCUGGGAAAGAAUGGUAGCUGUGCCAGCUUCUCCUCAAGCUCUGAAGAUGAAGUAGCAAUCAGCAAUAAGAAUACCCCCAAGAACGACCCUGCAAAGUUCUGUUCUAAACUGAGCCCAGAGCUCUCGGAGCUGGUGGUGUACUGCAGAAGUGUCCCCUUCCGUGGCUUUGAAAACGCAUCUGAAAAACCUCCGAGUGACAUGUCCUCCUUCUCUGAAAGCGAUGCCCUUAGGCUCAUCAAAGACUCGGGAAAGCUUUUUGUGAGACACAACAGCAGGCAGCUGAGCCGGAUCUACCCCUCUGGCCAGCGCCUCCAAUCAUCCAACUAUGAUCCUCAGGAAAUGUGGAACGGUGGCUGCCAGAUGGUGGCUCUGAACUUCCAAACGCCCGGGGAGCAGAUGGACCUGAACCAGGGACGCUUCCUCCCCAAUGGUCGCUGUGGAUAUGUUCUUAAACCGGGCUUUCUGUCCAGCCCCACUUCCGACUUUAACCCAGAGAACACGGGAGGAGGCCCCGGUCACACCCCCACCCAGCUGACUAUACGAAUUAUAUCUGCGCAGCAGCUGCCGAAAAUCGACAACGAGAAGGUUAGCGCAAUUGUGGACCCACAAGUGUGGGUGGAAAUUCAUGGGGUGGCUAUUGAUAAUGCAAGAAACAAAACCCACCGCAUUGACAACAAUGGUUUCAACCCACGAUGGGACUGCACUCUGAGCUUCCAGCUGCAGGUCCCUGAACUGGUCCUGGUGCGGUUCGUAGUGGAGGACCACGAUCACACUGCCAAAAAUGACUUUGUUGGGCAGUUCACUUUACCUUUCAUAAGCCUACGAACAGGUUAUCGACACGUUCAUUUAUUGAGGGCAGAUGGUUCCAGUCUGUCCCCCGGCACACUCUUCAUCCAUGUCAAAGUGACCCGCAAAGGAGUUCCCAUCAAAACUGUGUCCGAGCGUAUGGCCAUCGCUAAAGGCAAGCCAUGACGUGCAUCUAAACUAGAUGGAAAGCUGCAUUUACUGACAACAAAAGGCUUUUGGAAAAGGAGCUCUGAAUGUGAGAGGAGAGAGACGCCCAGCCUCCCAGUCCAGACCUCAAGUGCUCCCAUUGACACUGAGCCACUGCAGGAGGAAAGAUGUUGUUUAUCAGAGAUGAAGAAGCGCGCUGGCUCUUAGCAAAUAAAUUGCUUCUAGAUAAUGAAUCCAUGAAGCACUGCGGGAGUAUCUGGUCUCGUCCAGGGCACUGAGGAUUGUGGUUCAUAAUAUAGCUGAUAUGGGACUUGUUACAAAACUAGUUAUAAUGUUGUUAACGCUCAUGUGUAGGUGGUUAUUCCCUUGAUGUUUUACACUAAAUGAAGAUGUCUUAUUUCAUCCUUUUGUAUUUUCAAAAUAUUUUAACAUUUUUAAACUAAAGCAUUUGGCUAAAACUUAAAGAAUGAGGAUAGUUUAGCAAGAAAAAGCACUUAACUGAGGCGGCCUUAUAAGGUAUUAGUGGGAAUCCCACCAUGUGAUUAUAAAAUUAUGAAUAUUAGUGUUUUAUGAAUGAUCAUUUUAACACUAACUGUGAUGUAAUGCAGAUGUAAUAAUGUGUCACAGGUGGUUUUGUCCAUGAAGGUUGAACAAAUGAUGAAAUUGUCUAAUUUGAUACUCGAGAUACUCGGCACUUUUAAGUUUAUGGCAAUAUAUUUCCACAACUUACAAAUGAACUUGAAAUAUAAACAGUAUUAACUUUAACUUAACUUUCUUAAAAAUGUUAAUUGUUGUAUUUGCGUCAGUAUAAUUUCACAAAUGUUAAAAAUAAUGAUUACGUGUUUGACUUUUGGUUAUAUUUGUUUGUUUCUUUGUCUCUUUUCUGUUAAUAACCCUGCAUAAUUAUUUUUGUUGCUAAAUUUAAUUUGUACAUUCAGAUCUAUAAAAAAUGUGGUUAAACACUAAAUGCAAUAAUCUUAAACACUAACCCUAAUUACGUCAGGCUACAGGGAAUCAUUUAGUAUUAUAAAGAGCUUCCCUGAUAAUAAAAUGGACGCAGUAAUGAAAGGUGCUGCACGUGGAUUACUGCAAUUACAGAGUAUAUGAUCUCGAUUGAUUUUAAUAGCAUGUAACAAGUGGUGCAGUGUUAAAGAUAAAAGCCAAUGUUGUGUGAAUGUUGGUAUUAUGUAUGCAAGAGAAAAUACUGUUUUCAUAAAAGCACUAAUAACACGUUUCUGUGUGAACCCUUUUUGUUGUUGUUGAGACAAAGUGUAUGUGUGUGUGUGUGUGUGUGUGUGUGUGUGUGUGUGUGUGUGUGUGUGUGUGUUAGUGGUAUUAGUACUUGUACUUAAGUAAAGGAUCUGAAGACUUCUUCCACCACUGCACAUUUCUCUAUUAAUACCAGAUAUCAGUCUAGGUUAUACACCGUGCGUAUCCGCCCCUCACGCUUCCUGACAAAUGCUUCAGUGUUUAAUUAAAUGUCACUUUAGAUUAAAUCCAAAACACAUGGCUCUAAUCGUGCUUGUGUGUACGUGUGAGAAGAAGAAGAGAUUAAAUACAUCAAAUCACAAACAUUUUAUUGGGGUCGCAAGAAUGGAAAUACAUGCUUCAAAACAUGUAUGUAUUAUAACCUCUUAUAUAUAUUUUUUUUCUUCUCUUUAUUGCAAAAUAAAUGCAAUAACAAACAUUAGACUUAGGUUAAGAGGGUAAAUUAAUUAUCUCAUUAAAAAGAAUGGAUUUAAGGCUUGAAGGUUUGUAGAGUGCUGAGUAGUUUAUUGUUGCAUUUCAUUUAUAAAAACUUUAAAUAAAAGGUUUUCUGUUAUAGAAUUUACUUUUGGGAAU